ACAGUGUCAGGAGGAGGAGAGCGAAGCGAUUGAGCCAGCGAGGAGUGAAGCUGAGUCUGCCUCAUACACUCCUAGAGGACCGCCUUCAGAAUAGAGUUCUUUUCGCCCCUUCCACCUUCUCCCAGCUCCUCUCCUGGCUUUUCUAUCCGCCCAAUACAAUGCACACUCGAGUGGCAGCCCCAGAGAACUGAAGCAAACCAAAGAGAGAGGACUGGAGCCAAGACACUUCUGGUGGGGAAGCUUGGAUGCCUGGCUUUCUUUGAGGUCAUCUUUGGAACGAGGGUGGCUUUGGGGUGGAGGGUCGUGCUGCAGGGAACCCAGCCAGGCCCCAAGAUGGACACUUCUGGGCACUUCCAUGACUCGGGGGUGGGGGACCUGGAUGAAGACCCCAAGUGUCCCUGUCCAUCUUCUGGGGACGAGCAACAGCAGCAACAGCAACCGCCACCACCGUCAGCGCCACCAGCAGUCCCCCAGCAGCCUCCGGGACCCUUGCUGCAGCCUCAGCCUCCGCAGCUUCAGCAGCAGCAGCAGCAGCAGCAGCAGCAGCAGCAGCAGCAGCAGCAGCAGCAGCAGCAGGCUCCACUGCACCCCCUGCCUCAGCUUGCCCAACUCCAGAGCCAGCUUGUCCAUCCUGGUCUGUUGCACUCUUCUCCCACGGCUUUCAGGGCUCCCAAUUCAGCCAACUCCACCGCCAUCCUCCACCCUUCCUCCAGGCAAGGCAGCCAGCUAAAUCUCAAUGACCACUUGCUUGGCCACUCUCCAAGUUCCACAGCCACAAGUGGGCCUGGUGGAGGCAGCCGGCACCGGCAGGCCAGCCCCCUGGUGCACCGGCGGGACAGCAAUCCCUUCACGGAGAUAGCUAUGAGCUCCUGCAAAUACAGCGGUGGGGUCAUGAAGCCCCUCAGCCGCCUCAGCGCCUCUCGGAGAAACCUUAUCGAGGCCGAGCCUGAGGGCCAACCCCUCCAGCUCUUCAGUCCCAGCAACCCCCCAGAGAUUAUCAUCUCCUCCAGAGAGGAUAACCAUGCCCACCAGACUCUGCUCCAUCACCCCAACGCUACCCACAACCACCAGCAUGCCGGCACCACUGCCGGCAGCACCACCUUCCCCAAAGCCAACAAGCGGAAAAACCAAAACAUUGGCUAUAAGCUGGGGCACAGGAGGGCCCUGUUUGAAAAGAGAAAGCGACUGAGUGACUAUGCUCUGAUUUUUGGGAUGUUUGGAAUUGUUGUUAUGGUGAUAGAGACCGAACUGUCUUGGGGUUUGUACUCAAAGGAUUCCAUGUUUUCGUUGGCCCUGAAAUGCCUUAUCAGUUUAUCCACCAUCAUCCUGCUUGGUUUGAUCAUCGCCUACCACACAAGGGAAGUACAGCUCUUUGUGAUCGACAAUGGUGCAGAUGACUGGCGGAUAGCCAUGACCUAUGAGCGCAUCCUCUACAUCAGCCUGGAGAUGCUGGUGUGCGCCAUCCACCCGAUUCCUGGAGAGUACAAGUUCUUCUGGACGGCUCGCCUGGCCUUCUCCUACACCCCCUCUCGGGCAGAGGCCGACGUGGACAUUAUUCUGUCCAUCCCCAUGUUCUUGCGCCUAUACCUGAUCGCCCGAGUCAUGCUGCUCCAUAGCAAGCUCUUCACGGAUGCCUCAUCCCGAAGCAUCGGGGCCCUCAACAAGAUCAACUUCAACACCCGAUUCGUCAUGAAGACGCUCAUGACCAUCUGCCCGGGCACGGUGCUGCUGGUGUUCAGCAUCUCUCUGUGGAUCAUCGCUGCCUGGACUGUGAGAGUCUGUGAAAGGUACCAUGACCAGCAGGACGUAACUAGUAACUUUCUGGGUGCCAUGUGGCUCAUCUCCAUCACGUUCCUUUCCAUUGGCUAUGGGGACAUGGUGCCCCACACAUACUGUGGGAAAGGUGUCUGUCUUCUCACUGGCAUCAUGGGUGCAGGCUGCACUGCCCUCGUGGUAGCUGUGGUUGCUCGAAAGCUCGAACUCACCAAAGCAGAGAAGCAUGUGCACAACUUCAUGAUGGACACUCAGCUCACCAAACGGAUCAAGAACGCCGCCGCCAACGUCCUCCGGGAAACAUGGCUCAUCUACAAACACACAAAGCUGCUAAAGAAGAUUGACCACGCCAAAGUCAGGAAGCACCAGAGGAAGUUCCUCCAAGCUAUUCACCAACUGAGGGGUGUCAAGAUGGAACAAAGGAAGCUGAGUGACCAAGCCAACACCCUGGUGGACCUUUCCAAGAUGCAGAACGUCAUGUAUGACUUGAUCACGGAGCUCAACGACCGGAGCGAAGACCUGGAAAAGCAGAUUGGCAGCCUGGAAUCCAAGCUGGAGCACCUCACAGCCAGCUUCAAUUCCCUGCCCCUGCUCAUCGCAGACACCCUGCGCCAACAGCAGCAGCAGCUGCUCACUGCCUUCGUGGAGGCCCGGGGCAUCAGUGUGGCUGUGGGAACUAGCCACGCCCCUCCCUCUGACAGCCCUAUCGGGAUCAGCUCCACCUCUUUCCCAACCCCAUACACAAGUUCAAGCAGUUGCUAAAUAAAACUCCCCACUCCAGAAGCAUUACCCAUAGGUCUUAAGAUGCAAAUCAACUCUCUCCUGGUCGCUUUGCUGUCAAGGAAGUUUCAGACCAGGGAACAGAACGAAGAGAGAUGGAACGAUGAGCCGACUCAUGUUCUCUCAGCGUGCUUUGCUCGAUAUGCCUUGAAACCAGAAAUCUAAUCUCUGUUUAGGUGCCUCUACUUGGGAGCUGGAAGAGGAGGUGACGGGAAGCAACGCCUCUGUCAGGGCCCUUGCUGCAGAGUUGGCGGAGAACAGAAAUCCCUGCUCAAUCUCAGGUUUUCACAGGGAGGUGGGGGAGGGGCAGCCACUCUGAAGCAGAGGAGAGGGAAGCCAGCCAAAGAGGGGUGUGCUGGGCGAGGGUGGUAUGAGGUUUGGGGAAUGGGUUCCUGGUUGCCUUGGGACCACAGCACACCUAUCCUUUUGUCUAAGGAAGCCUCUGGGUGGUAAAAAUAAAACAGAGCUACUCAGAACUUUCCAAAAUGGACAUACCCAAAUUAGACUGGGGAGGAGGGUGAUGGAGACAAAUAAAAAGCCAGAAUUUCCAUCCAAUGAUACGAUCCACCAUAUAUACACAGAUGUUCAAUCCAGGUCCUUUUCUGUUUGAGUUGAGCCCAGAUGAAAGGGACCUGGUACUUCGCCUUGCACACAAUAAGCAAGCUCUAAUUCCUCAUUGAGAUGAUGUGUGGGGUGUGUUUUGUUGAGGAAGUUAGAGGGGAUGGGCCAUAUUCUGAGCUUCACUGAAGAUGCAGGUCCCUCCCUGACAGUGUCCUGGGCACCCAUGCUGCCUGAUUCAAGUGUAGGCCAAGCCCGCACUGCUGGCAUUGUGGAGAGAGAAGCAGCCUUCUAAAACAAAAACAAAAACAAAAACAAGACAGCUUUUGAAGACUUUUCUUCCAGCCAGAUAAGCUGUGUGCCCUUGGAACCCACGUUCCCAGGUGUCUGUGUGUAGGAGAGGAGGAGACAAGUAUGCUCAGUGCCCCCAUAGUGAACGGGGACUGUUGUCUGGGGCGCUGUCAAAGCAUCUUCACCCGGCAGCAGGCUCCGGCCAGAGAUGUAAGAGUAUGGAAGGAUCAGUGCCUAACCCUGCUAGGUUGGGAGGAGAAAGGUGGGGAGUGGCUCCUGUGGCCCCUUCUACCUUACCUGACAUCAUCUCAAAAAUGAAACACUGUGAGAACACAAGGAGCCCUAGGGACACUUGUGUGUAAAGUGAGGGGACACAUUUGUUAGAAGCCUGUCCUAUUGUGCCAUGUUCAUCUUGGGGUAAAACCUACUCCAGUGAAUCUCAGACUCCAAGAGACUCCAGAAAGAAGCAGACCCAGUAUAAGGACAGGCACGCCCCACCCUCACCCCCCAUUGCUCCGUGAUCUGACCGAGCACACAGCCGUGCGGGAGAGCUAUUGAGUCAUCUCUCAUUUCUCCAUCCAGAGGUCUUCGAUUUCUGCUUAUAAGAAAUUAUAUGUGGAACAUUUCAUCCAUCUUUUGGUAGGCCCAAAGGACGUUGUCUGUGUAUAGUUGCUGUCCGGAGAGUAGUCCUGUGGCAGGUUACCACAGCCCCCUGGAGGUAUCGCCUCACUCUGUGCAUUUCUCUUGUGCACUGCUGGGCCUGGUCCUUUCAGGACAGGGAAAUUGCUGGACAUCAAGGCAGACAACUGUGGCCUGGAGGACACGCCUUGGUUUUUUGUUUGUUUGUUGCUAAGUCUCUUGUUUGUCUUUCCGCCUUGCUGCUGCUGUCUGUACCUUGUUUCUGCAGUGCUGGAGAGCAGGCUCGAGGCUUCCUGCAUGUUAGACAAGUGCUGUUCCACUCAACCACACCCCAGCCUGCUGCUGUUGUCUUAAUGGCCUAUCCUCUUAAUGGUCUAUCCUGAUCGCUCCCUCGAGCAUUUUCAUUAGCCGUUUUGCACACCAGAGAGGCCACAUUUGUCGUUAGCAUUUAAUUCUUUUUACUUGUUCUUUUAAUUAUUAAUUAUCUGAAAGAUUAUUUUUAUCCCGAGAAUGGUAUCCCUGUUUUCAGUUUGACCGUACCUACAGGCAGACGUGCAGACAGAGGAAAUAGGCAUGUACCUUCUUUGUGUCACUGUUUGCAUUUGACAAAAUGAGGGCUGCUGAUGGGCCCACCUCCUCAUCAUUUGACCUACGGCCCUCAAGUGUUUCCUCUGCUCUCUGUUGCUGCUUGCUCUGAUCCUGUGCUGUGUGACCAUAGCAUGGCACCUCUAGGGUUUAGUUCCCAUUUCACACAAGUGACACGCAAGAUCCUACCACUUCUCCUGCCGUGUAUCAAUCCUGGACAUGGUCUAAAAUCCAUCCUUUUGUUGUUAUUCUUGCUAAGUAAACCCUGAAGGCCAAGCUAGCGAUGCUUCAAGAGGAUGGCUAGAACUGUUUCAGGAGGGUACCACUAGCAUUAGAGAGACACACGGGCCUUCGAAGGGUGGCUUGGGCCAUUGGUAUUGCAAUAGGUCUGGGUGGUCUUAUUGCUAGCAAAAGAAUAUACCUCGAGAAACGUGACAGGAUCAGAAGGCUGGCUCUGUGAGGUUAAAUGAAGUGCUGCUUCUUCGCCCUAAUAUUUCCCUAAUAUGAGGGAAGUGAUAAUUCUCUUGCAAUUAUAUUGACCCUUGACGACCUAGGUAUUGAGGACCCUGCUUAGCUCACCCAGAUGUAUCCUUGCAUCUUUUAGAUGAUCCCACGUCACCUAAGCAUCUCAGUUGAGCUAGGAAGGAGGCUAGUGGGUGCUCGCUCAGGCUAUGUGGUAGUGGGAGAGGUCUGAGUCUCAGGAGUGGGCUGCAAUUUAAAACUAUGAAUUACUGUAAUUUCGCUCUAGCCCUGAACUGGUCCAGUUCCGCUCACUCCUAGAAGGCUGACCAGUGACAGAGGCCCUCCUGGCAUCUUCCCAGGAAUGCAGUAGCAGACAGAAGCACUCCAAUAUAUCCCCAAAUAUCUGGACACUUGAAUGAAAACUGUAGAGCCACCAUGUCAUUGCUUAAGCCAUAUUACUGCUUCAGGUACUGUGAAGUCAGGGAUGCACUGUGAUACUCCAAGGCCACUGAGCUCAGUGGGAUUUCAGGACAUAGCAUCAGUUGGUAAUUUACGCCCGACUAGAAGCUCAUUUCUCCUUAGAUUGACAUCCAAAUAAGAAUCUGCACCUUUGGCGCAAAGGCCACGUGUGUGAUCACAAUCAAUAAACCAUCAUGAAGUGUUUGUGA